AUGAUUGACCCCCUUCGCCUUGCUGCUCACAUUGCCAGUACCCAGAUCACUGAGAACAAUCCUCAGUCAUCCUGGAACAGGAGUGAAGUAAAGCUGUCUGACCUUCCCUGGAUAAUCAAACGAACCCGGCUUCCUCAUGACUGGAUUUGCAGGGAGAAUAUGGGGGAUGCACUCACUCAGACACUCACUACCUGGCUUCAGAACACAUACAACAUCUCUGAUGCAAGGUUUCACUUGAGUCUAAUUGCUGCACUUAUCCUCACAGCCUGGGCACCAAACCAUGGCAUCAAGCACCAAAAGGAUGAGGUUCCCAUCAAGGUGGCCAAGAAUGCCAACAUGGUGGAGUAUGCAAGCACACUUGCAUGGGAAUGUGAACGUGGGCGAGCAGGAUGGGUGGCAAAGGCACCACUCUUUCACUUCUGGUUGAUCUUCAUCUCAGGUGUUUUGGUUGAGAACAGCCCCUGGUGGCAGCUAACCAAUGAGAAACUUGAAGUAAAGUCAACCAGGGUACAGAAUCGAACAGAUGCUCAACUUGCAAAUCGGGACAUCCUAAAGAAUUUCCAGACAAAGAUUCAGCAUAAGGGUCUCUAUGUUUCAGUGCUCUGUCGCCUCAAUCUUGUGGCAGCUCACACACCCAAUGCAUUCAAAAACCCAUGUUAUUAUAGGAAAGACUGGGAGCUUCAUAGCUUGCAUGAGCUUGAAUCCAGUGUGGCAACUGUGACAAAGCAUCUGGCUGCACCUGCAGAGCGGUGCCCAGUUUUCUGUGCUGUGAGUCACUUUCUGGGGGACCAAUGCCGCAGUCGCAGAGCUUCUGACCAAUCCCUUCGAGCUGAUUCAGAAUCUUCAUCAGAGGAGAAUGGCUUCAAUGCAAGGGCUCAUCCACGCCCUCGGAAGCGGACACGUGUAGAGUAG